AUGGCUUCCUCAACUGACCCUGAGAAGUAUGUUGGAGACGACGUUGCAACCAACAAGGCUGCCGAUCUGGCAAACACUAUCGCAAUGGCGACGCCUGUUCUUGAGGUGAACCAAGAUCCCAAGGCGCAACCCACGGCGACGGAUGAUGUUGCCCGUCGCUAUUAUCUCGAGAGCAAAAACUUGGAUAUUUCCGAGGCUGAAGAGCGCCAUGUUCUGAGAAAGAUUGAUCUGUACCUGUUGCCCAUGAUGAUGGGAACCGGAUUCCUCCAGUAUCUCGACAAAACCACCAUCAACUAUGCCGCCAUCUACAACCUCCGGGGAGAGCUGGCCAUGGUGGGUGAUCAGUAUUCUUGGGCCAGCUCCAUCUUCUACUUCGGUUUCCUCUUCUGGCAAUAUCCUUCCCUGCUGCUCCUCCAGCGCUUCCCUGUCGGCAAAUACUUUGCCUCCCAAGUCAUUGCCUGGGGCGUCUUUACUCUCCUGAUGGCCAGCACAUCCAACUUUGGGGGCUUUGCUGCCCUGCGCUUCUUGCUUGGUGCGGCAGAGUCUAUCCAACUGGCGGCCUUCUUUAUCAUGACUAACAUGUACUACAAUCGCGCCGAACAACCCCUUCGCUUGAUGGCGUGGUACGCCAUGAGCCCGUUGGCCAUUAUCGUGGGGUCGAUGCUAGCCUACGGCGUCGGACAUAUCAACAGCUCGGUUUCCCUGUGGAAGUUCCCCUUCAUUAUUUGCGGUUCCAUAUCUUUCGCUUGGGGCGUGUUGCUGCUCUUUUUCCUUCCCAAUAACCCUGCGUCGGCCUGGUUCCUGAACGAAAGGGAACGCGCUAUUGCUGUGCGCAGACUUGGGAGUGACCAGAACGGAAUCGAGUCGAAGACUUUUAAAAAAGAACAGGCCGUUGAGGCCCUCACUGAUCCCAAGGUCUGGCUUGCCGCAGUCGGUGCUGGCGCGGGCAAUAUUCUCACCGGUAUCGGGCUGUUCCAAAGUCUGGUCAUUCGUAGCUUCGGCUUCUCCAGGCUUGAGACGUCGUUGCUACAGACCCCAACCGGCGGUAUCGAGAUCAUCGGGUUAAUCAUUGUUUGCGUCAUAGCGAGCAAGGUCCCCAACACUCGGAUGAUUCUAUGCAUUACCAGUAAUUUGAUAUCGUUGGUCGGCGCCAUUAUGCUCUACGUAUUUGACACUGAGCAGAAAUGGGCCCUGAUGGCUGGUUUUUGGGUCAUGCUGGGCUUGAUCCCCUGCAACUUCGUUCUGGGACUCGGCACGACCACAGCUAACAUCUCUGGCCACACUAAGAAAGUAACCACGCAAGCUAUCAUUUUCAUCUUCUACUCGGUUGGCUGCAUUAUUGGACCCCAGCUCUACACAACUCCACCCUACCGACAAGGUCUUCGAGCUAAUGUUGUCGCCCUGUGUGUGACUACCGUCACCUCAGUCUCGAGCCUGUUAUAUUUUAUUUGGGAGAACCGCAAGCGCAGACGGUUUUUGGAGGAGAACAGACAUCAGCUGGACGAACAGGACUACACUUUCCGCGACUUAACUGAUAAGCAAAAUCCAUUUACCUUCAACGCAAUCUAA